UUGCUUGAGAAGAUGUUUAGUUUUCUUGCCAGGAAGACAGAUUUCUAUACUGGGGGACAGAAAGGGGAGUCAGAAAAGAUGAUAUUGAGUAAGUUCAGGAAGCAUGAGAAGGUUGCAUUAGAGAAACAAGCACAAUUAAAGGCAGAACGUGAGGAGGAGGAGAGAAGGAGGCAGGAACGAAUAAAGAAGAAAAAAGAAGAGGAAGAAAAAGCAAAAGAUGAACCAAAGAUUAAAGAGCUAACUGAUGAAGAGGCAGAUAAAUUACAAAAAGAAUUAGAAAAGAAAAAAUCUGAGCCAGAGUCUAGUGCAACAGAAAAUGGAACUGGUGACAAAACUAAAGAUGGAGAGGGCAAAGAAGAUAAAAAGUCUGAUGAUGAAGAAGAAGAUGAGGAUGCUAAAGGGAAGAUCAAACCAAACUUUGGAAACGGAGCAGACCUUGAAAAAUAUAGCUGGACACAGACUCUGUCUGAAUUAGAAGUAAUGAUUCCUUUAAAUGUGAAUUUCCCAGUAAAAAGUAAAGACCUUGUUGUUCAGAUGGAGAAAAAGCAUGUGAAGGUAGCAUUAAAGGGGCAUCCAGCAAUAAUAGAUGGUGAACUACAGCAUGACAUUAAACUAGAGGAAUCCACAUGGACUAUAGAAGAUAGAAAAGCUGUUAAACUCUUCUUUGAGAAGGUGAACAAAAUGGAAUGGUGGAGUCAGGUUGUCACGACAGACCCAGAAAUCAACACUAAAAAAGUUCAGCCAGAAAAUUCUAAGUUAUCUGACCUGGAUGGGGAAACUCGUGGCAUUGUCGAGAAGAUGAUGUAUGAUCAGAGGCAACGGGAGCUUGGUCUUCCAACCUCCGAGGAUGCCAAAAAGAAGGAUAUAAUGGACAAGUAAGUUUGUUAUUUUAAUCAUAGAUGUUAAUGUGAUUUGC